AUGGACUGCCCCAAGCGGAGCGCGAGCGCCGGCCUCCCCGAAGACUCCUUGGUGGAGAUCCUCGCGCGCGUCCCCGCCAGGUCCGUCUACCGCUCCAAGUGCGUCGCGAAGGCAUGGCGCGACCUCAUCGAAGAUCCCCUCCACCGCAAGAAACUCCCCCAAACCCUACAAGGCUUCUUCCUCAUUGACAAGGAGACCCAUAGGCAGCGUGUCUGCUUCGCAAAUCUGCUUGAUAGAUCCGGGCCUCUCCAGAUCGACCGUAACCUCGCCUUCCUGAAGGAAUCGCCCGGGAUUGGGACUCUCGACUUCUCCGAUUCCUGUAACGGGCUCCUCCUCUUCGAGCACAAACUGGAGGCAUGGCCAUAUAAUCUAUUGGGCUAUGUCGUAUGCAACCCCGCCACGAAGCAGUGGGUGGAGGUGCCCAGAGACGGCCCUCCGCUUCCGUUGUAUCUUCGGCAACCCAAAAGGUUCAACUAUUUGGUUUUUGAUCCGUCCGUCUCCUCUCACUUCCACCUGGUCCAGUUCACGUGGGAGUUUGUGCGCUUGGUGAAGUUUGAGGAGGAGGAGCUAGUGGUUGGUCAUGAUGAUGAUGAUGAUGAUGGGGAGGAGGAGGAGGAGGGCGAUGAGGAGGAGGAGGUGUCCCGGACGUCAGUGCACGUCUACUCCUCUGAGACUGACAAGUGGACUCACACGCAAAGUGACUGGAGUCAAGUCCAAAGUGGCCGGAACAAGCAUGAUUUGGAAGGAUGGCGCCUUCAGGGCUUAAUACCUGAGAGCUUCUGCUGUGCUGUUCUCAACAGCAUGCUGCAUUUCAUAAUUUCGGAUGAAGGUCAGAUUGCUGCUGUUGACAUGCAAGGGGUGACACGAAAGAUCAUCCCAGUGCCGACGAUGGCCGAGAGGCUCCACUGGCUGGAGCCUGGUUGUGUUGCCCAAUCCCAAGGGCGCCUGCACUACAUCAGUCAAGCAGUUGAUGGUCGACUGUCCAUCUGGGUUCUGGAGGGCUAUGAUACACAAGAAUGGGUCUUGAAGCAUAGUGUGAGCUUUACGGGGCUGUUUAGAGAAAAGAGACGCACAGGCGACACAAAAGACUACAGUGUGGUUGCCAUGCAUCCAGAUGGAAAUGUGGUUUUCAUUGUUCAGGAUUGGAACCGAAAGAUGAUAUCAUAUCACACGGACAAUAAGCUAGUGAGUGUUAUUGGGACAUUAAAAAAUGAUGCUUCAGAUAUGCAUGUUGUAACUUAUGUUCCCUGUUUCUCCGAGUCACCGGCACUCCCAAUCAAGCACUGA